AUGUAUCGCAUAUGCAAACAAGAGUCGUUCUUAAGUCCAUUGAUUGAUCAGUUUGCAAAAGAAGGCAAGGAUAAGAAGGUUGUUUUUGAAGCUCGUUUCAGUAAACCAAACUGCAAACCUAAAUGGUUGUUCCGCAAGGAUGAAUGCUUCCCCGGCAGUAAAUUCAAGUUCAAGAAUGAAAACGAUACAUACCAACUGAUUAUUACGGCACCUAAAGUUGAAGAUACAGGCAAGUAUACUAUUGAAAUCGGCGGUGUUUCCAGUACGGCUUUCCUUAAUGUGGAAGAAGCAGAUCCUAGCUACACUUUCACUAAACCUCUGAAGAAGAAACUUGAAGGUUAUACAGAACACGAAACAACGUUAGAAUGUUCGGUUAGCAGCAGCAUGGCCAAUGUAUCCUGGUUUAAGGACGGUAAAAAGAUCGAAUCUGAUGAUCCACGUUAUCUUAUAUCAAAAGACAUCAAUGGUAAUCUGAAACUGAUCAUUAAGGACUCUUUAUUGGAAGAUACUGGUCACUACACCUGCCAAUUAGACAGACAACCGGACAAAACCGAAUGCAAACUUAAGAUUGUCGAGUAUCCAUAUAAAUUCGUGAAGGUUUUGAAAUCUCAACAAUGCAUCGAAAAGGAUACUGUCACCUUGGCCUGUGAAAUUGAUGAUGCUCAAGGUGAAGUGAAAUGGUGGCGUAACGAUGAAGAAAUCAAGCCCGACAAACGUAUACAAAUCGUUAAAGACGGACGCAAACGAAAACUUAUCCUUAAAGACUGCAAAGUUACCGAUGCCGGCAUAUUUAAAUGUACCACGAAUGCAGAUAAAACUGAAGCAGAAAUCAUCAUUAACUAUCAAAAUCGUUUCAACAAGAAACUUAAGGACACCGAUGCCGUGGAACGCGAGAAAUUGGUACUCGAUGUUGAAUUGCAAGAUCAAACAGCUCCAUGUGACUGGAAAUUCAACGGCGAGCCAAUUGUUCCCAGUGACCGCAUUGAGAUUAAAAACUUGGGUGGUGGCAAACAUCAACUCGUCUUUAAUAAUUUAGAAUUGGCUGAUGAGGGUGAGAUAACUUGUGAAUCUGGACAAUUGAAGUCAAGCUGUAAGUUAACUGUACGAAAAGGUGAAAGUAAGCCUAAUAUCGACUGUCCCGAUGAGUUUGCUGGUCCGAUUAGUUCACCUGUUAUAUUGGAAGUACCAUACAAAGUUAACGGUACUAAACAAACACCUGUCGAGGCUAAACUUUUAAAGAAUGGAAAGCCUUUAGCUGUGAAAGAUGUAGAGGUUGCUAUUACAGAUGAUAAGAUCACCUUUAAAAUUAAAAAACCCACACGAGACAUGUCUGGUCCUUAUCAAAUCAAGUUAUCUAACGGCCAGGGUGAUGAUAUUAAGGAUGUAAAUGUAAUUUGCCAGGAUGUACCUCAGCCACCGCGCGAUGUUAAUGUUACAGACAUUUACCAAACUUCAUGCAAAGUUGUAUUCAAGCCACCUGAAGAUGAUGGUGGGUCUCCAAUUAUAAAAUAUAUUGUAGAAAGACAAGACAUUAGUAAGAAGCAAGGUUGGGAAUCUAUAGCUGAAGUAUUGCAGGGUGAACCAUGCUCAAAGAGCAUCGAAGACUUGGUACCGAAAAAACAAUACAGAUUCCGCAUUCGUGCUGUCAAUAAGAUCGGUCCUUCUGAUCCAGCUACAUUUAAGAAUACUAUUCUUGCAAAGGAU